AGACAAUCCACAAAUCACUUGUGUUUCUUAUUUUUCCGUAAUCAAUUUUACUUUGUUCGGAUAAAGUUGCAACCUUUUUUCUCGCUUUUCAUCAUCUUCUUUGAUUUUUCGAUUUCCGUAUCAAUCUUCUCUUUGUCUAAAAUGGAAGUUUCAGUGAUUGGAAAUCCUCAAACGAAGAAGAUCUACAGAGCAGAAUUAACGUACAGAGAGCUCGGGUUCAGACUCGGGUCCCAAAAUAUCUCCGGCGAUUCGAGAAACAGAGUUAGUUUCUUGACCCACCAAAGCUCGAAAUGGAAGGAGAUCAAGAUCCGCUCUUCUCCGAGGUCUGUCAGAUGCGAAGCCAUCGUCUCCGACCAAGCUCCCUUCCUGAAACCCACUCCAAACUCUAGAUCGCUUGAGAGCGUGAAACUAUUCGUUGGUCUUCCACUAGACACAGUAUCCGACUGCAACAACGUGAACCACUUGAAAGCCAUCACCGCUGGCCUCAAAGCCUUGAAGCUACUCGGCGUUGAGGGAAUCGAGUUACCAAUCUUCUGGGGUGUUGUUGAGAAAGAAGCUCCAGGAAAGUACGAAUGGUCAGGCUACUUAGCUGUUGCCGAGAUUGUUAAGAAGGUCGGACUCAAGCUUCACGCCUCACUCUCCUUCCAUGGAUCAAAACAUCCAGAGAUAAGUCUCCCUGACUGGGUGGCAAAGAUAGGUGAAGCUGAACAAGGGAUCUACUUCACAGACAGAUAUGGGAAACAGUACAAAGAUUGCUUGUCCUUUGCGGUUGAUGAUGUUCCUGUUCUUGAUGGGAAGACUCCUAUGGAGGUUUAUGGAAGCUUCUGUGAGAGCUUCAAGUCUGCUUUCUCAGAUUACAUGGGCAACACCAUCACGGGAAUCACAUUAGGUUUAGGACCAGACGGUGAGCUGAGAUAUCCUUCUCAUCAACAUGAGACAAAGGUCUCUGGGGCAGGAGAGUUCCAGUGUUACGACAAACACAUGCUAUCCGCGCUCAAACACUACGCUGAGUCCACAGGAAACCCUCUUUGGGGACUCGGUGGCCCACACGACGCUCCUGCUUACGAUCAACAGCCUCAUUCAACUCCUUUCUUCUCAGACGGCGGGUCCUGGGAGUCUCAGUAUGGUGAUUUCUUCUUGACUUGGUACUCGUCUCUUCUCACCUCCCAUGCAGACAGAGUCCUCUCUGUUGCUUCAUCAGCAUUUAAGGGCUCUGGAGUGUCUCUAUGUGGGAAGUUACCUCUCUUGCACCAAUGGAACAAGCUAAGGUCUCAGCCUUCUGAGCUAACAGCUGGUUUCUACAGCUCUGGUGGUCAUGACAGGUACGAGGCUAUCGCGGAGAUCUUUGCUAAGAACUCUUGUAAGAUGAUUAUCCCUGGGAUGGAUCUAUCAGACGAGCAUCAAUCACCGGCCUCUCUCUCGAGCCCCGAGUCAUUACUUGCACACAUCAAGACAUCAUGCAAGAGACAAGGAGUGGUUGUUUCAGGGCAAAACUCGGCUGCCUCAGUCCCUGGUGGGUUUGAGAGGAUCGUUGAGAAUCUGAAGGAUGAGAGUGUUGGAGUUGAUCUGUUUACUUACCAGAGAAUGGGAGCAGUUUUCUUCUCACCUGAGCAUUUCCAUGCUUUCACUGUCUUUGUUCGGAACAUGAACCAGUUCGAGCUGUCCUCAUAUGAUCAAGCAGUAGAGGGAGAUAAGGCCAAGACAAUGAGCAUAGGUUCAGGCACUACUGGUGCAGCUAGUUUGCAAACUGCCUGAUGAAUAUUUAAACUCAUAUUUUAUAACGUAAAUAAGAAAGUCUUAGCAUUUAUA